AUGUCGGCUGUCCAUGAGCUGGUCAAUCCCACACCGAAGGAAGCAAACCCUGUCGGUGAACCCGCGUCAGACCCCUCGACUCCUCACCAGACCGAUACUUCAGAAAAUCUAGCCGAAAUGGCGAAGAAAAAGGUCGCCCCUUUUCUCAUAAAACAUCAGCCACGGCAGUAUGCUCCGCUGACAUCGGACGAUGGAACAUUGACUAUUCCGCGCUCUGUCAACUCCGGAUACUGUUAUCGCCACAAACCCGACUCGAAAUGCUCACGACAAGCCGAUGAACAGUCCAUGCGCCAAUUACAACAACAACUGGAGACCCUUCCCCAGGAUGACCAACAGGGCAUUUCCCAUCUCAAUGCUGCUUCCCCCAGCUUUCGUUCAUCUCAGCUAGCGUGCGCGAACUUAUCCGGAUCGACUUCCUCAGCGCCCUCCCCCCCCGAACUCUCCUUCAAAAUUUUACGCUAUCUCGACACGGCUUCUUUGUGCCGCGCUGCACAGGUCUCCCCUCGCUGGAGGGCUCUGGCCGAUGACGACGUGACCCGAAAGCGUCUCCGAGAAGCCAAGCGGGAGAUCGAGCUACGUGCAUCCAACUGGGGAAAUCAUGCGCCGGCAGAGCCUGCCGAUGGGGCCCCGAAUGGGACAUGUUCUGUUGUUGAGCUCCCGACCCCUGGUCAUAAGCGCAAGAUAUCUCUUCAAGAACAAGAUGAGAGUUGCGAUAUGAUCAAGCGACACUGUAAAUCUCCGGCCUACCGAUCGGAGCGACCCGAGACCGACGAAGACUACUACAAGACACGCUAUCGCCCAUGGAAAGACGUCUAUCGCGAUCGAUUCAUCGUUGGUUUGAACUGGAAGCAUCGCCGUUGCACACAAAAAAUCUUCCGUGGCCACACCGAUAGCGUGAUGUGCCUUCAAUUCGAAGAUAACAUCUUGAUGACCGGUUCAUACGACGCGACUGUCAAGAUCUGGGACAUGGAAACUGGCGAGGAGCUACGUACUCUGAAAGGCCAUAGUGCUGGUGUGCGCUGUCUCCAAUUCGACGAUACGAAAUUGAUCACUGGUAGCCUGGAUCGCAGCGUUAGAGUUUGGAAUUGGCGGACUGGAGAGUGUAUCUCUAGAUACAACGGACAUUCUGAGGCUGUCAUCGCGCUCCAUUUCGAUUCCACUCUCCUGGCAUCCGCUUCGGUGGACCGGACCGUGAAAAUUUGGAAUUUCAAGGACAAGUCCACUUUUGUGCUUCCUCACCCAGGAGGCGUAAACAGUGUGAAAAUUGAUAUCUCAUCUCGCACUGCCUUAACCGCGUGUGACGAUGGAGCGGCUCGUCUAUGGGAUCUUGACACUAAGACCUGCAUCCAAGUAUUCCACAACCACAUUGGCGCUGUCCAGCAAGCCAUUCCGCUCCCCCGCGAAAUCGAACUCGAAAACCACUUCGAGGAGUGUGAAAAUGACCACAACAGCACUUCCUCUCAGAAUGGGGAUGUUCCACCAAAUAUCAUUUCUCCAGUCCUACAGUACAAGCCACUCUCCUCGCAAACCCCCCUCAUUUAA